UAAGUCAUCGUUGUUACAUGUUUGGUAAAAAAUCAAGGGAAAACAUGAGCAGUGGCGUUUCAUCACCAGAUCAAAAGAAAUCAGGGUGUGGGCUGCUGGGGGCUGUUUUUGGAGGAACAAAAAAAUUUUGGCCUAGAAGAGCCACGUCAACAGGCUCCCUUCCUAGUCAACAUGGUAGCCUUAAUGACGUAGACAGCCCCAAGAGAAUUCCGAGUGAUAGCCACAAUUCCAAGAAGAGACGAGGCAGUUUUGAUGACCUUGAUGCUAACAGCAGCGUCUCUUCUCAACCUUCCUCAAGCCGCGGUGGCCCUAAACCUCAACAGAAAUGCCCUCCUGUUCGAUUACAACAGCAGCAACAACAUCAGCAGCAGCAACAGCAACAUCAUGUUAGAAGACCGUCCUCAAAUGACACAACCGUAGUGCAAGCUUCAAGAAGCCUGACACCAGCACAGAAUCAGAAUCGAAGUAAUGAUCAUAACACAAAGAAAAUGCCUCCAAAGGAAGCAUUGGGGAUAUCCGGUGAGUUAGAGAUGAUGAUAGCCGAGCACCAGAAGGGUAGAGGCGGGAUCAAUCUUGUCCGAGCUUCAUCUGGCAAUGUGAUGGUCCAAAGUAGUUUAGGUAACUUGAGGCAGCCUGGGGGAUCCCCUUAUACAUAUAAACCAGCCUCCAAUGGCAAGCCAGAAGAACAACAAGCUCCCAAAAAUAUUAUAAACUUUUCAUCAAAAUAUUCAAAUAGUGGGAUGGGGAACAUUGUGAACAAGAAGCAGAUAGAAAACGGGGAGAAAGCAACAGGUGGGACUUCUCUAUGUCGAGCAUUGUCUUGUAGGAUGGACCCUGAGGAGUUGAAGAUAUUGGGGAAUGAAGAUUAUAAGAAUGGCAACUUUGCAGAAGCCUUAGCUUUGUAUGAGCGAGCCAUUGAUUUGGACCCCUCCAAGGCUUCCUACAGGAGUAAUAAGAGUGCUGCUUUGACAGCUCUAGGGCGGCUUCUUGAGGCUGUUUUUGAGUGCAGAGAAGCCAUUGGUAUAGAGCCCCAUUACCACAGGGCUCACCAUCGUUUGGCUAAUCUUUAUCUAAGAUUAGGAGAAGCAGAAAAGGCUAUCUAUCACUUCAAACGAGCAGGGCCGGAAGCCGACCCAGAUACAAUGAGUAAAGCAAAGCUUGUUCUUGGACACAUGAAGAAGUGUGAGGAGGCUAAGAGGUUGAAGGAUUGGCACACCGUGCUCAGAGAAUCUGGGAAUACCAUAGGUGCCGGAGCAGAUUCUGCACCUAUGAUAUUUGCAUUACAAGCUGAGGCAUAUUUAAAGCUCCAUCGGCCUCAAGAUGCCGUAGCAACAUGGGAAAACGGUCCAGAUUUUGAUGUGGAUCAGUGUACCAAGCUAUUUGGCUCUGCAGGGAAUGCUAUGUUAUUGUUGAUCAGGGCUCAGGUUGACAUGGCUGCAGGAAGGUUUGACGAUGCAAUGGAAGCAAUCCAACAUGCAGGUAGAUUAGACCCGUCCAACAGGGAGGUGGGUGUAGUGACACGAAGGGCUCGAGCCGUGUCCAAUGCUCGAGCUCGUGGGAAUGACUUGUUCAAUGAGAGCAGGUUCUCAGAAGCUUGUGUUGCUUAUGGCCAAGGACUUGAGCAUGACCCACAAAAUUCAGUGUUGCUUUGCAACCGAGCAGCUUGUCGUGCCAAACUCAGGCAGUUUGAGAAAGCAAUAGAGGACUGUACUGCUGCACUUAAUGCUCGUCCCUCUUAUACCAAGGCUAGACUAAGAAGAGCCGACUGUAAUGUUAAGUUGCAAAAAUGGGAAGCUGCUGUGAGAGAUUAUGAAAUCCUAUUCCAAGAAUCACCAGGAGACGAGGACAUGGCAAAGGCAUUUUUUAAGGUAGAGAUGCAGCUAAAGAAGCAGCGGGGAGAAGAUGUGUCAAACUUGCAAUUUGGAAAUGACUGUCUUGUUAAAAUCCAUAGUGACGAACACUUCAAAAGUGUGACAUCCUGGCCUGGUCUAUCAGUGGCCUUGUUCUGUAAUAAGCCAGGCGAGAGACAAACACUGCAAUUCAUUGGACAACUCUGCAAAAGAUACCAAACCAUAAAAUUUCUCAAGGUCGAAGUUGAAGAUUCCCAAAACUUGGUGAAAUCCGAGGGUGUUGGCUCAUUGCCAGCCUUCAAGAUAUACCAAAGUGGUUCGAGGGUUAAAGAAAUUCGCGGAGAAGAUCAUGAAUCCUUAGAGUGCUCAAUCAAAGAGUAUACAAGCUAGCAUACAUGAGAAAAGCAUUGUAGAGAAAGUUUGUCAUUCUUUCAUUAAUUUGUAAUUUUUUUUUUUUUUUUUCUUUCUCGUGGCUAUAUUAUAGUGCCUGGUUGGAGUGUCAAGAAAAGUUAAGUUUCUUAGGAUGCAGCUUUCCAUGACUAGGGUUACAUAUAUGGCAGGAAGGAAAAGAAAGGAGGGAACUGCAGCGCAAUCUGAAUCAUUUUGCUUCAAUUUAGAUUUGAUCCUGUUAAUUUGCCAGCUUACUCAGCAAAUUUCUGUAUCAGUUCAUUUUGUGGGAUGACUUUUGCAGAAAAUUAAAAGAUAUACAUUUUGAACUCUCCAUAUAUUUUGUAAGAUGAAGUUUAUAUAGUGUAAAACCACCUUUUAAUGUAGAGUAAUCAUGUUGCGAGACAUAGAAUGUUAGAAGUACUCAAAAGUAACUCCCAGAGGGAUAAUAAGGUGGAAAUUAUUACAAUUUUAAAACAGCAAAACGUAGUAUGAGACGGUCUUACAGAGACCUAACGUGAGACACGAUAGGAAUAAAAGAAUUUUUUCUUUUCACGUAAAUUUGUAUAGAA